CGUCUUCACACUCUUACGUUAAUUUAAACAUAAACUUUUCUGUGCAGCAACAUUGUCAGACACUAUCUUAAUGAGAUUCUACGACAACAAGAAAUGAAAAGGGCAAUUGAUAAAAUUUGUGAGGUUACAGUGUGCGUUGAAGGGGUUCUGAUGUUUCAUGUAAGAUCCUUCUUCUAAACAUGUUUUUUAAAAGAUCUAAAGUGACCAGUGGAAUGCUGAGAGGAAUCAGUGGAGAUUUUGAUCUGGAAUCAAUCAUGAUUUUAAAUCUUGAUGGUUUGCAUAUCAAUGAAGUCGGCAGUGUUGAAGAAUGUACUGGUCUAGAACAUCUAAUUCUCUCCAACAAUGACUUAAGUAACCUUAUCCCUCUCUCCAGUUUAACAAACCUCACUUCUUUGAAUUUAAGCAACAAUAAUAUUAGUUCCCUUGAAGGAUUACAGACUCUGGAAAAUUUAGAAACUUUAAACUUAUCAGGAAAUUUUAUUGAAAACACCAACAGCCUCUAUUGUUUGACUGGCUUACCAAAAUUAAAACAUCUACUUCUGCAAUGCACGGCCCAGAAACGAGUAAAUCCAGUUUGCCAAGAAGCUCUUUACCAGGACGAAAUACUUCUCAUGUUUCAAAAUUUAGAGUCGUUAGACGGUAAUAUCCUUUAUGGUGCUUGCAAAGAACUUAAUCAACUUGUAGAUGAGUUGGAUUCCAUACUCAUUGAUAAUCCUCCGAAACAGAUCAAGAGUAAGUAUAUCAACACCACCACCACCACCACCAUCAUUGUCAUCACUGCAGGAAAUGGACCACAGACAAAAAUUCUUGCCGCCAGCCCUUGCUUAUCUCACUAUUCUUUGGCAUUGGAUGUGAUGUGAAUAAUCUCCUGGAUA